AUGACACCCUAUGCAAUGUUAUUCAAGAAAAAGCCCAAUCUCAUGAACUUACCAAUAUGGGGAUGCCAUGUCAAGGUCCAUACCACCCAUGGCUCGAAACUUGACAUGCAAGCAAUAGACAGGAGAUGGGUGGGCUUCGAUUCAAGUAGCAAUGGGCACUGA